GGAGGAACACUUACCAUGGGCACUCCCGGGGGAGGCGAGGCGGGACGGGCCACUUCCGGCGGAAGUUCCCCUGAGGGAGACGGGAGCGGGAGGACACCGGUUCCCGGUGCGGGCCCGGCCAUGGACGCGGGCCCCGGCCCAGCCAUGGGCACAGGCUCCGGCCCCACCGCCGACCCUGACCCCGCUUCCCCUGGUCCCGGCCCAGCCAUGGAGGCGGGUCCCGGCCCGGCCUCCGACCCGAGCACGGAGCCGGGCUCCGACCCGUUGGCAGACCCCGACGUGGAGGCGCUACCGCGGGGCGGGUUCCGCUGCCGCCUGUGCCAAGUGUCCGCUGCCAACCGGCCGAGCCUAACGGACCACCUGCGGGGCAAGAAGCACCGGCGGCUGCGGAGCCUGCGGGCCGAGCGCCGGGCACAGGAGCAGCGCAGCCUCUUCGUCAGCGGCUUUGCCCGCGGCACCUCGGGCGAGGAGCUCAGCGAGUACUUCGGGGCCUUCGGGGAGGUGGCAGCCGUCGUGAUGGACAAGGAGAAGGGUGCCUAUGCCAUCGUGGAGCUGCAGGAUGCCGCCAGCCGGGAGCGGGCGCUGGCAGAUCCCGAGCACAGCCUGGCCGGGCACCGGCUCCGCGUCCGUCCCCGGGAGCAGAAGGUCUUUGCCUACGGCUCUGCGGGGCGCAGCAGCCACCGGGACCCCCUCAGCCCAGGGCGGCUGGAGCAGGUGCUUUGGCAGGCCUCCGAUGUGAGUAGGGAAGGGGGGGUCCUCCUGCAGGUUUUGGUGGUCCUGGGGGUUCUGGGGGGUCCAGGGAUGGGGAGGGAUGUGCCUCAGAACCAUCGGUGCCACCGGUUCCUGCAGGUGGACUCUCAGAUGUCACAGCUGGUGGGGCUGCUGGAGCUGAGCGAGGACGAGCGGCGCGUGCGGCACCUCCUGGUCACGCUUUUCCAGGAGGUUUUCACUGAGUUCUUCCCUGGCUGCGCCAUUGUGCCCUUUGGCUCGUCCGUAAAUGGUUUCGACACCCGUGGCUGUGACCUGGACCUGCUCCUGGACCUGGAGCCCACCAAGUCCCUGCAGGUGUCAUCACAAGGUGCUCCCAAGGCUGGAUCUGGCUCCGGUGCAGAGGAUUCCAUCCUGAGUGACAUUGACCUGGCAACAAUGCCAGCGCCGGAGGUGCUGGAACUGGUGGCGACAGUUCUGCGGCGCUGUGUGCCGGGCGUGCGCCGUGUGCGGGCUGUCCCCACCGCCCGCCGCCCUGUCGUCAAGUUCUGCCACAAGCAGUCGGGGCUGGCGGGUGACAUUUCCAUUGACAACAGGCUGGCGCUGCUUAACACGCGGUUCCUGCAGCUUUGUGCUGAGGCAGAUGAGCGCGUGCGGCCGCUGGUGUAUGCGGUGCGGCUCUGGGCCAAGCAGCAGGGCCUUGCUGGAAACCCUGCCGGGGGAGGCCCCCUCCUCAACAACUACGCCCUGACGCUGCUGGUGCUGUUCUUCCUGCAGACACGCAGCCCCCCCGUGCUGCCAGCCAUCGCACGGCUGCGUGACUUGGCAGGAGACGAGGAUCGCACCGUUGUGUGUGGAUGGGACUGCAGCUUCCCCCGGGAUGUGGCAUUGCUGGAACCCAGCACCAACACUGAGAGUCCUUGCUCACUGCUGGCUGAGUUCUUCCACACCUUUGGGGACUUUGACUUCCCAGGACAAGUGAUCUCGCUGCGGGAAGGCCGAGCGCUGCCGCUGCCACCCCCUGCCCUCCCUGAGGUCAGCGAGGGGCUGAAGCUGGGAUCCCUCAACCUGCAGGAUCCCUUUGAGCUGAGCCACAACGUGGCAGCCAAUGUCAACGAGAAAACAGCAUCGCGCUUUGGGCGCUGCUGCCGCGCCGCCGCCAAGUACUGCCGCAGCCUGCAGUACCGGCAGAAAUCCAGCAAGGGCCGGGCCUGGGGGCUGACCCGACUCUUCCAGCCGGGAGCAGUGGAGCCGGGAGCAGCAAAUGCCGGCGCUUUCCUCAUCUCCAUUCCCUUGGGCUCCUCUGAUGGCUCCCAGCAGCUCGGCCGGGAGCCCCGUGGUCGCGGCCCAUGGUUCUGGGAGGUCUGUGCCGCGAUCGCCUUCGUGCUGAGGGAUGUUCUCAAGUGCAGCUGCACUGCGGGGAAGCCACCGGGAGCUCCCAGAGAGGAGUUGGGGCUCUCAGGGGACUCAGUGCCGCCUGAGAAGCUGCCAAUGGCACCGGACACAGAGGAGGAGCCGCUGUUGGUGGGGUGCAAGCGUCGUGCUCCCGAGACGCCCGAUGGCACCGAGCUCCCCGAUGGGAAGCGACCUCGGACGAAUGUCCCCGAGGAGACAGCAAAUUGGAGCUGCACCGUGUGGCACCGGGUGUGGACGGGCCGACGCCGUGUCCGCCGGCAGCUGCAGCACAGCGAUGGCCCCGAGGGGCCGGACAGUGAUGAGCUGGAGCUGGAGCAGAAGGUGUCUGAGGCCAUCGUGCAGCAGGAGGGUGCUGGGUGGCCAGUGGAGCCACUGCUUUGCUUUGAGGCCAGUGCCCAGGUGGGGGGUACACGGUGGGUGCUGCUACGCCUGCUCCCAUCCCCCGCCGCCCCCGGGCCUCUGUUCCGAGACUUUUUCCAUUUCCUCCAGAGUUUUCUGCCCACCACAGUGCGGCGGUGCCUGGGCCGGGGGCUGCCAGGGGGGCCGGCCCGCCAGGACAGAUGGGACAAUGGGGACAAAGGGCUGUUUUCUAUAACCUGAUGUUGUUUUUUUGCAGUAAAAGGUUUUUUUUGCA